AUGCCUGAACUCAUCACUUUUGAAGACACAUGGACCACCUUUCAGGGAACGCAAACCAUGGUGCGCUGCACUGCCAGCCCACACAGAGACGUUGCCACUAAACACGACAAAAGAACAGCGCUUUCGGUGAGCAUAUGCAACAACUGGGAGGGCCCAGCCUCGCGAAUGGUGCUCCAGGGCUACUGCUACGCAAUUGAGUUUGUCAGGGCUUCGCCUGCUUCUUCCGCUGCUUCUGCUUCUACCUCUGCUGAGGUCUGCGUAGCAGACCUCAUAGAAAGCAGAGAUCACGUGAUCCACGACUUCAUCCACAAGAUCGCGCGCAUCCUCGUCCUCAAGUACCACAGGCCAUGCUACGUGCAGCUGUCCACCGCAGCAGCCGCAUCCGACGACGCCCUUGGUGCCUCGGAUCAAAUCAACCUUCUACAGAAGAUUACACAAUGUAUAGACAACCACACUGUAUAG